CCUCUAUCUUAACCACCGUCAUCAAAUCAACAUUAAUCUUCACCUUCGAUUCACGCGUGUAGAAUCAUGAAGAAACGGAAUUGAAAUCGAGUCGCAAAGGGAUCGAGUUUAUCAUGUGCAAUCAAAUUGAAGAGAAAACGAACCGAAUUGGAUUGGUGACGCCGACAGGGCCUCCGCAAUUAUUUGGGCCGGCCCGAAGGGAAGAGCUUAACAGAAUGGGGCAGUUUGGGCAACCGUUAGGGCACUGUUAACUCAGUAAAACCUUCCAAGAGCAAAACAGUUCUCCUCCAGUGGCUGGUUCAGUUUCAAGUUCAAGUUGGUAUCAUGUUGUCGCGUCGCGGUUGAGCUAUUGUAGAAUGGUUCGCUGCAGAACUUUGGGUCACAAUACCGGUAUGCGACUGCCAGAGUUUUGCAGGAUUAUGGAUAUCAUCUGGUGCGUGGCAUGGAUGUUUAGCAUAGCGUGGGUUCGAUAUCGGUCUUGAAUCAUGUGGAUUGUGAAACUUGACAUUAUGAUGGAAGGGUGAUGAAAAGGCUUUGUUGUUGGUUGGCUUAAUGAUGCAACUAAUGUGAUACAAACAUGCUUCGGGUCGGUUUUCCUCAUGGUUGCACAGGUUCAUGGCAUGGUUAUCUUGCACCUCGGUUAUGUGGCACAUUAUGCAGGUUUCGUUUUGAAGAGAGUGGGAGGGUUGAAAAUCAGUUGGGAACAAUGCUGCCAAGAGGUGAGGCCUUCAGAUGUUGAAGAUUUAUUAUAGUCAUUCUACAAUGAUGAUGACAAGUAUCCAAGGGCUUCAUCUCAUAAUGAGAGCCAUAUACAGGUGGCAUUGAUUGCGUUCUCUCGGAAAAUUCCCGCAGUGAUAUUCGACAAACAGGACAAAUUACAUUCUGCUGCAGCCAUAAAUCUAUGUCGGCAUUGUGUCGUGAUACGCUGAAUCAUUGUGGUUGUUAAUGUUUCGAUUGCGGCGUGCUGGUUGUAGCUAGUGUGCAUUUGGAAGCUUGUUGUCGGUUUGUUUCAUGGCUUGAGUUCUGAUGAGGAGUUCUGUUUUGAUGCCGUUACAAUUGCUUGUACAUGGUUUUGCUUUACUCAUGCUGCAAAUGGAUAUGUUGCAGGAGAAUUUGGACUGAGGUGGAUCCUUCUGCAUUUUGUCAACCACCAUGCCUUGUUUCUGCGUGUUCUGCUCGCGCUAUCGCGUUUUGUUUGCCAUUAGACAUGGUUUGUAGUAUAUGAUCACAUAAUUUGACGACUACCCGUCUUGAGAUUUUGAUCACGCAGACGAUAUUACAGAUAUCGGGGUUGCAGUCGCUUUCCAUUUUGAUGGAAGAUGUCGAUGAAUUCUCGGCUUCUGCUGUUAUUGCUUGGCUUAUGUACACCAGGGAAACUCUGCGGGAGUUGUUUUAUAAUUUUCUCACAUCAAUGGGUGCGUGUAAGGAUCUUGUUCCUUUUCUGUAUAAACCCAACAACAUUCAACAAUCUUCAUUCAUUUCUCCUUCAAUUCCUACUAUUCAGUUAACACAAGACACUGUGUUUGUGUUUGUGUUGUGAAAUUGUGAGAAAUUUGCAAGGUGUAUUGUGAUUUCAUAUGGAGCAGCUUCCUGUUGAAGUGAUUGGGAACAUACUGUCCCAUCUCAAGGCUGCUAGAGAUGUGGUUAUAGCCUCAGCAACAUGCAAGAAAUGGAGAUUUGCAUGCUGCAAACAUCUUCACACACUCUCUUUCAGCUCUAAUGAUUGGCCGGUUUACCGUGAUUUGACGACUGCCCGUCUUGAGAUUUUGAUCACGCAGACGAUAUUACAGAUAUCGGGGUUGCAGUCGCUUUCCAUUUUGAUGGAAGAUGUCGAUGAAUUCUCGGCUUCUGCUGUUAUUGCUUGGCUUAUGUACACCAGGGAAACUCUGCGGGAGUUGUUUUAUAAUGUGAAGACUAUGCCGAAUGUUAACAUUCUUGAGAUAUGUGGUAGGCAUAAGCUGGAAAUCCUUGACUUGUCUCCUAAUUCUAUUGUUGGGGUUGAGCCGAAUUAUCAGAGGUUCCCUUGUUUGAAAUCGCUUUCGUUGAGUUAUGUUACUAUAUCUGCGUUGGAUUUGAAUCUUUUGGUGUCUGCUUGUCCGAGGAUUGAAGCUUUGGAGCUUGUGAAUCCGGAGAUCGCGAUGUCGGAUGGUCAAGUGACCGUUGAGUUGAGUAGCUCGACGCUGAAGAGUGUUUAUGUAGAAGCAAUCAGUUUGGACAAGUUUGUAUUGGAGGCGGAUGGGAUUGAGUGUUUGUACUUGAAAGAUUGUGCUCUCGAGGAUUUUGAACUCAUUGGAAAGGGGACGUUGAAGAGUUUUAGGAUCGACGAUGUUAGCGUUAUACAUCUUGAUAUUGGCGAGAUUGUUGAGAAUCUUGAGAGUGUGGAUAUCAGCAACUUCACGAUUAUAUGGCCAAAGUUUUACCAGAUGAUAUCGAGAUCGUCAAAUUUAAAGCGGCUUAGGCUUUGGGAUGUGAUGUUUGAUGACGAGGACGAGGUUGUGGAUUUGGAAACAAUUGCCACUUGCUUUCCACAGCUGAGUCAUUUAUCUCUGAGUUAUGAUGUGAGAGAUGGAGUGCUUCACUACGGGUUACUAGGCUCUUCUGAUCUGGAGAAUGUUGUUGUCUUGGAGCUCGGCUGGAGCGUGAUUAAUGAUCUUUUCUCCCAGUGGGUUGAAGGGCUGCUUAAGCGUUGCCCAAUUCUCAAGAAGCUAGUCAUUCAUGGUAUUGUUUCCGAGGCCAAGACUGAUGAAGAAUGCAAGAUGUUAGCCAAUUUCACGACUUCCAUGAUUGAGCUGAUGAGGAGAUACACAGAUGUAGAUCCACAUUUUAAAUUUGAAUAGGAUUCUUCUUCUAAAUGAUGCCUUGUUAUAGCUCAGACUUGUUUUAAGUCUGAUUAUGCUGGCAAAUUUGCAGGUAACUUACAGAUAUCAAGAGUUUAUGAACAAUUUUUACUCGGUUAUUGGUAUGAAUCCCUAUUCAAAAUCAGGAAUUUGAUCACUUUGUUUGCAAAGGAAAAGUUAUUAAAUAUUAACUAAUUUCAAUAUGUCAGAUAUUGUAACUGAUUUGAGUUGUUACAAUUUACAAUUAGUGGUGGCAUUUAUGAGGCCUUCAAAGUUAUACCAUUAGGAAUUUUUGCUAGA